AUUACAAAGGGAAACAAUCCUUCUCAGCAUUCGAGCGCAAUGUUUACUUCCCUUUGUGUUCUUAUCAUGCAGAGAGUUUAUACACAAGAGGAGAGCUAAGAACUAUGUAGGUCCGUGGAGAGCGAUACUGACACACACACACACACAUAUAUUUUGCCUUACCAAAUGACGUCAUUUCAGUGUGUCGUCGACCGUGAUGUCACUGGUGACGCAAAGCACUGACACAUUGCAGCUCGAUGCAGUUUCUGCUCUCACAACAUGGCUGAUUGGUAAAUCACUCCAACACGUUGCCUACCCACGGGCCUUGAAGAUUUCUUUGUUAAUUUAUCUAAGGUUAUUUAAAACAUUUCUCAACGUACAUCGGCGAGCGGUUGGCAAUCGAGAAACAGCAAAAGAAGGCAGUAAGGUGGAGGAUCCUGCAGGCUGGCUGUGUGUACAGAGGAUGUCUAGAUUGCACCGCAGGCUGUGGGCUCGCACACACUCUGUAGUCACGACACUUCUGUGUGCUGCCCUUGCUGUGGCCCUCUAUGUCAUUUGGUAUAAGUCAAGCGUCAUGAACACCUGGAUGUUCAAAGGCAUAUACUCCACGUGGGAAACCCGCCAGGAGGAUGUCUCUGUAUAUACACGACUGAACACCCUGGAGAAGAUCUUGGAGGAGGCUAAAAGCUGGGGAAGGGAGGAGAUGGGCGAGGUCGCAUCCUUGCUGGGCGCUCAGCAGAAAACUACGAAACCACGAAAGGUCAUCAUCAUGUCGUAUCCACGAAGUGGUUCCAGCCUUCUGGGCGACAUCAUUAGCCACAGCCACGGCGUCUUCUAUUUGUUCGAACCUCUACUGCGUCUGGCAGAGAACAUGAGCAAGCCAACACGCUUGAGAAACAGGCAGUACUUGUUCCAGAGAGACGACUACCAGCAGGCGGCAACGUUCCUUCUGCAGGCCCUCCUCAACUGCUCCUUCUCCUCCGUCGAGCGACAACUGCCGUUGCAGCAUCUGCUCCUCAUGUCCAGCACUCGGUCUUUUGCAAUGUGUCUGAAGCGGGCCAGGCACACACGGAGUAGCACAGAGUCCUGUCUGCGCAAUGCGAAGGCCGCGUGCGAGACCUCUGACCUGCUGCUGCUAAAGGUCAUCCGCUUCUCGUCCACGGGACUGCGCACGCUGCUGCAGCAGAACCCGGAUCUGGCGUUGCUGGUGCUGGUGCGCGACCUGCGGGCCAGCGUGUGGUCACACAUGCGUGUCUUCCGGUAUCCCACCAACGACGACGUCAUCCCCUUCGCCAGCGCUCUCUGCCAGCGGGUCCAGCGUGACGCACUCGAGGCUCGAACUCUGUGGCGCGACUUCCCGCACCGCGUCCACUUCCUGCGCUACGAGGAGCUUGCGGAGCGACCCCAACCUCUGACUCGCGCCAUCUACUCCUUCCUGGGGCUACCCUUCACGCGACGGGUGGCUAAGCGGGUGCGGCAGCAAACCGCCGCAUUCCGGUUGAUUAACGAUAGCAGCGCAGACAACGGAGACUUCGCACUCGAUGACGUCGAGAAGGACGAGAAGGACGAGGCACCUUUAGCCGACUGGUCCCAGCUGGAGGAACCGUUCUCCUCUGACCGUCUGGACUCCCAAGUCACGGCCAGCAGGUGGCGCGAGCUGAUCUCCAAGCACGUCCUGCGUGACGUACAGGCCAGCUGCGGCGAGGUGCUGCAGCUGCUGGGAUAUCGACACUUCUCGUAUCUCGAGAACGUCCGACUUUUGAACGUGUCGCACAAAGGCGACUUCAAGCUGCUGCACGGUGGAGACUGGGACUCGGCUGAUCUGGCGAAAAUGAUCUGAUGUCACCCACGGCGAAAACGAGAAGACUCGUCAAAUGGUCGAGGUAUACUUCAUCGUCAGGAGCAGCAAAUCGUUGAAGGCGAGAAACUGAAACAGUUUUUGCACGAGAACUGCGUGUUGCCUUAACAUCAUCAUCAUCAUCAUCAUCAUCAUCAUCAUAUAAAUCAAUCAAUCAAUCAAUCAACCAAUUAAUCAAUCAAUCAUCAUCAUUAUUCUCUUCGUUGUCAUCGUCGUCGCCGAGGACGAGAACCGGGUAACAUAAUAGAGCAGUUCUUCUACAUGUACAAAAAAAAAUAGAGGAUUAAAAUAAACU